UUCACGCAGUGAAAGAAGAAACAGCCAAUGGCUUCAGAAUCCAUGGUCCCAGAGCAGGCGAAACAACAUCUGAUAAAGGGGAAAAGGCGGCAGCAGCAGCAGCAGCAGCCGCCGCCUAGGUCUCCCAACGGUGACGGUGAAGAUGACAUCUUUGUAUUUGAAGCAAACGAGGCUUGGAAGGAUUUUCACAGCUCUCUUCUUCACUUCUUCGAAGCUGGAGAGCUCUGCGAUGUUACACUGAAGGUUGGUUCAAAGCUUAUCUCCUGCCACAAACUGGUGCUGGCUUGCGUUAUACCUUACUUCAGAGCCAUGUUUCUUUCGGAAAUGGCGGAAGCCAAGCAGACGUUGAUCGAGAUCAGGGACUUCGAUGGCGAUGCAAUAGAAGACCUAGUGAAGUUUGUGUACUCCUCCCGGCUUACUCUGACGGUGGAUAACGUCCAGCCUCUCUUGUACGCUGCUUGCAUUCUUCAGGUGGAACUGGUAGCGAAGGCGUGCUGUGAAUACAUGAAGCUGCACUUCCAUCCCUCCAACUGCCUGGCAGUCAGGGCAUUUGCAGAGAGUCACAACCGCAUUGACUUGAUGGACAUGGCCGAUCAGUAUGCUUGCGAACAUUUUACAGAAGUGGUGGAGUGUGAAGACUUUGUGAGCGUGUCACCGCAGCACCUCCAUAAACUCCUGUCCUCCAGUGACCUGAAUAUUGAAAAUGAAAAGCAAGUUUACAACGCUGCUAUCAAGUGGCUGCUAGCCAAUCCACAGCACCACGCUACGUGGCUGGAUGAAAUACUUGCGCAGGUACGGCUGCCGCUCUUGCCCAUUUGUUUCCUUAUGGGUGUUGUGGCAAAGGAAGAGAUUGUCAAGCAGAAUCUAAAAUGUAGGGAUUUGCUGGAUGAAGCAAGAAACUACCACCUUCACCUGAGCAGCAGGGCAGUGCCAGACUUUGAGUACUCCAUUCGCACAACACCAAGGAAGCAGACUGCUGGUGUGCUGUUCUGCGUCGGUGGAAGAGGUGGAUCGGGUGACCCAUUUCGCAGCAUUGAAUGUUACUCCAUCAGUAAGAACAACUGGUUCUUCGGCCCUGAAAUGAACAGCCGGAGAAGGCACGUGGGUGUGAUCUCUGUGGAAGGUAAAGUCUAUGCAGUAGGUGGACAUGAUGGAAAUGAACACUUAGGAAGCAUGGAAGUAUUUGAUCCUCUCACAAACAAGUGGAUGAUGAAGGCAUCAAUGAACACAAAGAGGAGAGGAAUCGCUCUCGCCUCCCUUGGCGGCCCCAUUUACGCAAUAGGCGGUUUAGAUGACAACACUUGCUUCAGCGACGUGGAAAGAUACGACGUCGAUUCUGAUCGAUGGAGUGCAGUCGCCCCAAUGAACACCCCCAGGGGAGGAGUCGGCUCCGUGGCCCUUGUGAACCACGUUUACGCUGUGGGUGGCAAUGACGGUGUAGCAUCUCUUUCCAGUGUGGAGAAAUACGAUCCCCAUUUGGAUAAGUGGAUAGAAGUGAAAGAGAUGGGUCAGCGACGAGCUGGCAACGGCGUCAGCGAGCUCCACGGCUGCUUGUACGUUGUGGGUGGCUUCGAUGACAACUCUCCCCUGAGCUCGGUGGAGCGGUUUGACCCACGCAGUAACAAAUGGGAGUAUGUAGCAGAGCUUACAACUCCGAGGGGCGGCGUUGGCAUAGCCACCCUGAUGGGUAAAAUUUUUGCCGUCGGAGGUCAUAACGGCAACGCGUAUCUGAAUACAGUGGAAGCAUUUGAUCCCAUAGUGAACAGGUGGGAACUCGUCGGCUCUGUGUCACACUGCAGGGCAGGCGCAGGCGUGGCCGUGUGCUCUUGUCUCAGCAGCCAGAUCCGGGAUGUGGGCCAAGGCUCCAGCAACGUUGUUGACUGCAUGUGAGCUCUGCUGCCGCCUCCAAAUCCCAGAGGAAUGACAGCAGGGAGGCACUGCAGAGGUUUUAAACACCGUGUUUUGUAUGGUAGGCUAAGAAAUAAAACCAAUACA